CGUCUCGGAACCGAUCCCCGGCGUAUUCCCGCCCCUCCCCCCGCACCUUCAGGUAUCCCGCACCAGCACUCAUGACCAGCACAGGAAUCCAGAUGCUUACGACCGUAAUUGUGCUCAUCAUUGCGGCGAGUGUGGUCGCUGGGGCUAUUACGCCCUCGUUGGAGGCGCAUCCGGCUCGAAUGACGAUUUCCCUUCCUUCCGCACCGGCUUCGGUUGCGUCGUGGGAACUGCGUGCGGCCCAGGUGUCGCGCAAGUCGGCAAGCGGCGCUUUUGCCGCAGCAGGCAGCUACGGCAUCGGGCUUGAGUCUCAAGAUCCGGACCUGGCGUGGCCGUAUCCUCCCGAGGACCCGUCGUAUCUUCGUAGAGUGCGGUUUGAGGUCAACGCGGCUAGCCAGUCGCUCUCUAUCUUCCUCACCGCCCUCGCCACUAACAUCUUUGUCUACUUUGACCUCGACGGCUCGGCCGCCACGGGCUUUGCUCACCACGGCAUGCCCAUCGGUGCCGAGCUCCGCAUCGAGUACAACCACGUUGAUGCAUCCGUCUCCAUCCAGACGCACAACACGGCAUACCAACUAUCAGUCAAUCAGCCGUUUGCCACUCAGUCCUCGGCGUGGUCCGAGACCGGGCAGACCGUCCCGCUUGCUGCCGCGCUGACAUCUGAUGGCAUUUAUUCGCUCAAUGCCACCAUUCCUCUCGCUGUCUUCCGCGACCAUGUUCCGGGCACGUCGCCGCUUGCGGGCCUUUCGCUGAGUGAGUACACCGCUCAGUUUGCCGCCCAUGCCUUUGCCUCGCUGGUUUUCGACACCGUGCCGACUGGCGGCUACGCCAUCGGCUCGCCGCUCUUCUUUGCUAUCGGCCCCCAGACAAUCGCCACCGCCGCCACCUCGGACGCUCAGGUUGUGGUCUCGGCCGCUGACCACGGCAUCGUUCCGGGCGUGGGCUACGAGCUCGUCCUCGUUGCUGUCAACAACGACGGCUCGCGUACGGUCUUUGACACCUCGGACAUCGUCGAACUCCCGCGGACCUUUGCCAGCCUCGACGUCACGCCGGCUUCGGUCUCGGCCUUUGACCUCGCCGUCAUCCUCCCGCCUGUCUUUCCAGCCACAGGCGGCCGCAUCGAGAUUGUCCGCUCUACCGUCGGCUUUCCGACCGCCCCGGGCGGCGCCGGUGCCAGCGAGUCGGUCGUGUAUAGCGCACCGCUUUCGAGCCACACACCCGGAGCCGCUGUCGCGCUCGUCGACAACGACGCUGCCCUUGCGCCCAUCACAUCGUACUACUUUGCUGCGUUUGUUGUGAGCGACACGGGUGGCUUCGAGCCGAGCAACUGGAUCUCGCGUGACCGAUCGAUCCUCUCGCACCUUCGCGGCCCGAUUCCGGGCCUCACCGCCACCUCAGACUACAUGGUCUUCUUUUCGGCGUGGUCGGCCGCAGAAGUGACCAAGGCCGAAAAGUACGACCUUGUCAUUUGCCACCCGGGUGGCGGCUCGGCGCUCAUCACCGCCGCCCAGGUCCGCGACAUCCGUGACGGGCCCGACGAUAUUCUCGGCAACGCCGACGACACCAUCGUCAUUGGCUACAUCUCUGUGGGCGAGGACUACGGUGAGCCCGGACCCGGCGGGGGACUCAAUGUUCCGCGUGAUGCCUCGCUCUCGCCCGCCCUCAACACCGGCACCGGCCCGCAAACGUACAACUACGCUACGGGCGAGGUCUCCUUUGCAAACGGCGGCUACCCAUCGUGGUACGUCGACAUGAUGGGCGUGUACUCGGACACAGGCGGCGCGUAUGUUGACACCGUGCCCGACGGCAAGCCUGACCAGAACACUGAGUGGGGCGGCCUGUACGUCAACCCGGGCGAUCCGCUCUGGUACGACUUUCUGACUACGGCAACUGCAGCUGAGCACGGAACUUCCGGCUUUAACUACAUCCUCAACGAGCUCGGCAUGGAUGGCCUCUUCCUUGACACCCUCGGCGUGUCGGCACCGUGGUCGUUCUGGCAGCCUCCGGCCAUGGUCUCGGACUACUACUGGGUUCGCGACGGCGGCCUUGAUCUUAUCGCUCACCUUGCGUACGACUACCCGGACGCCGUGCUCAUCGGUAACCGCCCGCUCCACUUUGCCUUUCCCGAGUUUGCCGGCUCUCGCUACGACGACUUUCGUUCCUACCUCAGCGGCGUCUACUGGGAGUCGUGGGCCGCCGACAUGAACUACUGGUGGGGCGAGGUCUCGGGCGAGGUCUUCAAUGACCAGCUUGUUGCUGCCCAGGACAACGCUGAUGGUCGCGGCUUCACCACCCUCGUCCUCGACUACUGGGCCGUUAUGUUUGCCGCCCGUGAGUCUGGUGAGUCGCAAGGUGCGCCAUGGUACGAGACGCCGCUCGAGUACCUGGCUGCCACCGAGUCGCACGACUUUCCAACACACAUCUCGCCGUCGCGCUCGCUGGCCGAAAUUGAUGAUGUCGUCUACAACAUCCACCAUCCCGACGUCUACGCCGGCAUGCCUGACCUCGUUGUCGUCUCUAUCUUGCCGACCUUCCGUCGGUCGGCCGACAACGCGGCGUGGACGCCGAUCCCCGACGUGGUCGAGGUCGAAGUGACCGUUGCCAACCGCGGUGCGCCACCACCGCCGGCUGCGCCACUCACCGCCCGCAUCACCGUCGUCCACAACGGCGAGACCAUCGCCACCCCUCAGAUUGAGCUCACCGACGGCGCGUAUGCUCCCGGCUCGCUCGCCACCAUCUCGGUCAACGUCUACCUCAACACGACUGGUGUCGUCAUCGGCAACCACCUGUACGUGACGGCCGAGGUAGUUGGUCAGGCGGCCGAGCACGACACGUCGAACAACGACGAUGAUGUCCUCCUCGAGUCGUACUUUUAUACCGCGCCAUCGCAUGUGUACAAGCACGACCCGGCCCCGGACCUGGUUGUUACCAACAUGACCCUCCGCCCUCCUGCCCCGCGUGCCGGUGAGGCCUUUGACGUUGUUGUCACCAUGCAGAACAUCGGCGUCGGCAUCUCGCAAAGUUCCCGUGCCUACAUGUGGUCGUCGUCGGUCCAGGCCCAGAACGGAAACGUGUACACGCCGUGGCUCCUCCCUGGCGCCACCGCCACCAUCGACAUCCCCCACGAGCCCAUCAACAAGCCUGGCGCCGGCUACGCCGUCGCGGUCACGCUCGACGCUGUACUCGCCGUGCCGAGGCAGACGAAGGCAACAACGAAGCCUCCAUGACGUUCUCGGUCCGCCCGCCGAUUGCCCCGCUGCCGUACACCUACCCGGCCACUGCCACCGCGCUUUCCUUUGGCUCGACAGACUCGCUGCCGGCCAUCAAGCUCAAGGCAGGCGCCACCGACCUCCUUGCGGUCUCCGCUGUCAUGGACGGUGCCCGCACCAAGGUGACCGUCAUGGUCUCGGCCGCAGAGCCGUCGCUCCUCGACAACUCCCAGCUUGCCAUAUUCUUCAACACCGACGACUCACUGGCCUCUGGCUACCUUCGCGGCUUUGACGUCCUUGUUCUGGACGGCGUUCCGUCGAUCCAUGACGCAGCUGCCGGAACUGGCUGGGGCUGGCUUCCGCAUCCGCAGUACAACGCCGAGACCUCGGCCGUCACGCUCGCGCAUCAGGACCGGCUCGCCCGCGUCACCUAUCUUGACAUUGAUGUCAACUUGCUGUACUCGGCCCGACCGGACGCGCUCCGCAUCUUUGUGUCGGCCACUCCGCGCGACAACUCAGGUCCGGGCGACGUCGAUGCCAUCCCGCACGGUGUGAGCUUUGCCGAGGACGGCCUUGUCUUGGCCACCGGCGUGCCAGCCGCAUCGACUUUCCCUCUCCUCACCGCAGUUCACCGGGCAGCGAGCUCGGCGUCGGGAACGCUGUACUCGUUUAGUUCAUCGUCCGGUGCCUACUACCGCCUCGACGUGCUCUCGCUCGCAGACACUACCAUCACGGUUGUCGACGACUUUGCUAUGGUUCUUGCGACGCCUGGUAAUCCGCCAGAGCCAAAGCUCGCAGUGUUUGGUGGUGAUCCGUACGCGUACGUCGGGUCGAGCUCGGGCACGAUUGCUUCGCCACUCGGCAUCCGGGCCGCGCUUGGUCUUGCCUCGUCGGACGACACUCUUCUGUGGUCGCCGCUUCCGCAAACGUCGCUUUCGAUCAUUGUUACGCCGUCGGCUGGCAUUGUUGAGGCCUCAAUUAGCGAGGCCGCGCUCACCGCUGCUGGCCUUCCUGCUGUGCCGAGCGUGACCACACCGGUGCUCGUCCGGAUUGUGGCAGCGAGCAAUGCCGUCAACACGUACUCGACCGCUGGCUGGCUGCCUGAGACCGGCGUGGCGCUUCCGCGGCUCGAGUGGCUCCCCCUGCCUCAUUGCUCGGACGGCAUGUACUCAUCGCAGGAGGAGGGUGUCGAUUGCGGGAGCGCAUGCGGACGGAGCUGCCCGCCGGCGCACUGCUCAAACGGCAUCAUCGAUCCGGCCGAAGACGGCAUCGACUGCGGCUCGGUGUGCGGGUGGCAGUGUGUGCCGAGCCUGACGCCAACCUCGUUGGCCGGCAUCAACAACGGCGUUCGCGUUGUCGACGCGCUCAACGACGCGACGUCGGCCAACCCCAGCCUUCCUGACUACGCCGAUGUGGUCGGCCUCGAGCUUAGUCACUCGCUCUCGCACGUCCACGUCCGGCUCGAACUGGCCGGAUCGGCAACGCCGCUCACGGCUCCGGCUGCCAACAACAUGGAGCUCAUCGUGUUUCUGGGCGUCAAGGGCCUGCCAUCGGGCUACUCGCUGGUAGGCGGGACCGGGUUCCGCGCCCAGUUUAUGGUGUUUAACGAUGUGUUCUUUGCCUACGACGAUGCUGCCGGCGGCGCAGAUGGCCUCGGUUGGUCGUGGGUGCAGAUUUCGCCGCGGCAUCCGACCUCGGGCAGACUCAUCGACAUCUCAGCCGGUCCUGCUGGCCUGGAGAUCACGAUUGUGCGGAGCUUGCUUACCACGCCGCGGCACACGAUCAUGCCAGGAGCAGCAUCUGCAGCUGCCGAUGCAGGGCUGGCUCAGGAUCAGGGUCCGGACGCGACGUACAUGGCGUACGCUACCGUGACAUACAUUCCGCCCGAAGGUGGCGAACGGCGGACGGACGUUGUGCCGGAGAGCGGCGAGCAUGUUGAGAUGGCAACGACAUGGGCGCCUGCGCCCAGGGCACCGAUUAUCAUUGACGGCAGUGGCGGCGAUUGGGAUGCGCUCGGUGCAUCUUAUGGCCGCAUCGACACCAUCGAUGGUGCUAACGACGCGCGCUCGGCUGACGGCUUUACCAACGUCGUCACCGGGGCGCAGAACGAUGCCGCCGUGGUCUCGACUGCGUUUGACGAUGCCACCAUGUACGCACGGCUGCAGACGCACGCGCCGACGGCUACGCCGCCGGACGCAGGCACUUCGACGGUGCUCUUCUUUGCGCCUGCAGAUGAGACGCUCGCAAGCGCCGGCUACCGCGUCGCACCGGGCAUUGUCGCAGUGGCCAUGAUCCUCGACGGGCAGGGCUACGUUUACUCGGGUACGACCGUGGGAAGCGGAUGGACUUGGAGCGCUCUCGAGGCUGACGCGUUCUCAGCGGUGUCGAGCGGCAAUACCGCCGAGGCCGCGAUUUCCAAGUCGGCGUGGGCCGCCGGCUUUGGUCUCGAUAGAGACAGCCACAUGAUGGCUGUGGCCACGGUGACCAACACGCGCGGGACGCCCGGCGACCUCUCCGACGACCUCUACGACGACGUGCCGGACUAUGGAACGUACGUUUAUGUGCCGCCGAGCCCGCCAAGCCCACCGAGCCCACCGAGCCCGCCGCCGCCGCCGCCAGCGCUCGGAAGUCUGCUGGCAGACGGUGACGACUCAGAAUGGAGCUCCUACAGUGGCGCGUCAGUCAAUCGAGUCGACAUCACCGACGGGCCCAACGACGCGACGCUGUCAGCGAACCGGGUCCCGCGAGUGACCGGCGCCGCCAACGAUAUCGCGACGCUCGCGCACGUCGAGGACGUCGCGCGAGUGGCGGCUCUCUUCAAGACCUACGCACAAGACAACGCUGAGCCCGACUCGUGGGUGGAGACAGCGGUGUUCUUUGGACCGGCCAACGCGUCGGACACGCUCAUUGGGUAUGAGGCUCAUCCAGACGUGUACGCUGUCGGCAUGAUCCUCAACGGCAUCGGCUACCGCUACACCGGGAACACCAAGUCGGGUGUGUGGUCGUGGUCGGCGCUCGCGUCGACACGGUUCGGCUAUGGCCGGUCUGGCAACACCACUGAGGCGUGGAUGUCACGGCUGGCGUGGGCGGGUGCCGAGUACGGUGUGCCUGCUGACGCCCUGAUGGCUGCAGUGGUCCAGCUGACAAACACGCAGAACACGCCGUUUGACAGUACAGACGACGUGGUUGACACGGCGCCCGACACUGGGCCGUUUGACGUCGGCGCACCGCCGCCGCCGCCGUCGCCGCCGUCGCUGCUUCCUGUUGUCAUCGACGGCGACGGCUCCGAGUGGGUCUCGCCAUCGUCACUCGACGAACCGCAGUGGGGUCGCGUCGAUGUCACCGACGGCUCGAACGACGGGUUGCUGGUGUCGGAUACGUCGCCUUUUGCGCAUCCCAUUGCGCCGCAGAACGACUACGCGGUCCUCACCUACGUGUCGGAUGCGGCGUACGUGGCGGCGCGUGCGGGUACAUAUGCCGGGGCAAGCGAGGCGCCUGACGCCGACACAACGACGACGUUCUACUUUGCGUCGCCCGACGCAACACGCGGGUAUCCUGUUCCGGGCGGGUAUGCUGUGGCGAUGAUUGUCAAUGGCUUUGGCUUUGCCUAUGAUGGGCCGGACCGGUCCGGCACUUGGGCCUGGCGGCAGCUGCCCGAGUGGUCGAGCGACUUUGCUCGGUCGGGCAAUGUGACCGAGGUACGAAUGGAGCGGUCAGUGUGGGCCGGCGCGGGCCGCGACUAUGGUCUCGACUUUAACGACGGUAUGUACGUGUACUCGGUGAUCGCCAAGACCCAGGGCACGUCGGACGUCAACGACGACGUCAUCGACCACAUUCCAGACUCGGGUCCGUUUGCAAUCCGCGCGCCGCCGCCGCCGUUUUCGGCGUCGCCGCCGCCGCCCCCGCCAGGCCUGCCGAGAGCCGGUGGCAUCGUGGUUGUGGACGGCGACUUGUCCGAGUGGCCUGGCCUUGGGGCUGAUUAUGGCCACCGGGUCAUCAACGACGGGCCGGACGACGCGCUGACAUCUUCUGAUCCUUCGCCGUAUCCACGGUACACCGGCCCGCGCGAUGAUUUUGUCCGGCUUGAAACAGCGCAUGACGAAGCGUCUGUGGUGGCGAUGACGAGGACGUACUCGCCGAGUGAGACGUACUCGGGUGGGGCUCAGCACGCGACGUUCUUUCUCCCGUCCAACGCGAGCGCUGGCGACGCGGGGUACACAGUGGCGCCAGACCAUCAUGCAGUGGCGAUGAUUCUCAACGGCAUCGGCUACGUCUACGCUGGGUCGUCCAAGUCUGCCGCGUGGUCGUGGACGCAGCUGCCGGCUGACUACUACGAGUCGGUUACGGUGAACGGACAGACCGAGGUGCGGAUGUACCGCGAUGCAUGGACGGCACCGCGACUGGGACUUGCGCCUGGAAUCAACAUGUCUGUGGUGGCAACGUUGACCAACACAGCUGGAACGCCGUUUGACUUUAGCGACGAUCUGGUCGACUAUGUGCCGGACGUCAUCGGGUUUGCGUACCCGCCACCGCCGCCGGCGCCGCCUGGUGUGUUUGCGGACGGCCAGCUUGACGAGUGGUUCACGCUCGGGCUUUGGGCCGAGCAACCAACGUUAGCGACGGGCGCAACGACGGACGGACGUGGAAUGCGCAGGCCGGCUCUGUGCGGGCCAUGGAGGCGCGCAACGACUUUUCGACCAUGGGCUAUGUCGACGUCAACGACAUGCUCGCGGCGUACACGAUGACGUACGGCGAAGAGGACGAAUCGCCGGAGCCGGGAGUGUACGAGACCGUGUACUUUGUGCCGGAGGACUCGACCACGAUCACUCGCGGCUUUGCCGUGGCACCAGGCACAUACGCUGCGGCGAUGAUCCAGGGCGGCGUCGGGUACAAGUACGCCGGCUCGGUGCGGUCGUCCGAGUGGGCAUGGGAGCCGAUCAAUGGGGCUGACUUUGGCUACGGCCGGUCGGGCAACACAGUGGAGGCUAUCAUGAGGCGGAGUGUGUGGAGCGACGGCACGUACGGCCUGACGACUGAUACGCCGAUGACGGUGGUGGCGACGAUGCUUUCCGACGGCGGGACGCUCGGCUACCCGUAUGAUGAUGUCAUCGACUACGUGCCGGACGUUUGGGACGGCGUGCCUGCGCCGCCGCCAAGUUCGACGCCGCCGCCACCUCCAGGCACGGGAGUGUGGUUUGGGCCGGGCGAGCCGACGUGGAACGUGCCUGUUACUGUCGACGGACAUGCCGGUGAGUGGGGCGGUGUGGGACCGCAGUUCAAGCUCACGCGGUACUACGACGGAUCGAACGAUGGGCUCUCCAAAGAGGAUCCUUAUCCGAUUCAGCGGGAGCUCGAGCCUGCGCACGAUGUGGCGUCGGUGACGUAUGCGCAAGACAACUCGUCAGUGGCAGUGUACAUGAUGCGGUAUGGCAACGGAUCAAUCGGAGCCAACAUUGAGGAGACCGUCUUCUUUGUCCACCCCAACGCGACCGUUGGGUACGAACUGGCGGACGGCCGGUAUGCCCAAGCCAUGAUCUAUCGUGGCAUCGGCUACGUCUACACUGGAUCUGGGCUCUCGAACACUUGGUCGUGGUCGCGGCUGCCGAGCUCGUACUACACUUCACACACCGGUGGCCCCAUCUCAGAGUACCGAGUCUCCAAGCUUGCGUGGUCCAAUCCCGAGUUUGGCGUCGAUCCAGAGUGGGAGACCCAGGUUGUGGCGACGCUGACUGACACGCGAGGCACGCCCGACAACACCACCGACGACAUUGUCGACGCUGGUCCCGAUCUUGUGGCCUGGGGGCCGGGGCAGGUCCCUGCUCCGCCGCCACCUAUGGGUAUGCCUUCAAGCCCACCGCCGCCGCCGCCAAGUCCUCCGCCGCCG